GGCGGCCGGACCGUCAUCGUUCUAAUACAGCUACUUCCUCAGCCACCGGUAUGAGCCACGGGAAGAGAACCGACAUGCUCCCGGAGAUCGCCGCCGCCGUGGGUUUCCUCUCCAGUCUCCUGAGGACUCGGGGCUGCGUGAGCGAGCAGAGACUCAAGGUUUUCAGUAGGGCGCUCCAGGACGCACUGACCGAUCAUUACAAACACCACUGGUUUCCCGAAAAACCAUCCAAAGGCUCUGGCUAUCGCUGUAUCCGUAUCAACCACAAGAUGGACCCCAUCAUCACCAAGGUGGCCAGCCAGAUUGGACUCAGCCAGCCCCAGCUGCACCGGCUGCUGCCCAGUGAGCUGACCCUGUGGGUCGAUCCCUACGAAGUGUCCUACCGCAUCGGGGAGGAUGGCUCCAUCUGUGUCCUGUACGAGGAGGCCCCAGUAGCUGCCUCCUAUGGGCUCCUCACUUGCAAGAACCAGAUGCUGCUGGGCAGGAGCAGCCCCUCGAAGAACUAUGUGAUGGCCGUCUCCAGCUAGAGAGGAGCCACCCAACCCUGGCACUCUACUGUUCCCGUGCUGCCCUGACAACAGGCCACCGUAUACCUCAACCUGGGGAACUGUAUUUUUAAAAUGAAGAGCUAUUUAUACAUGUUAUUAUUUUUUUUAAGAAAAGAGGAGGGGGAAAAAAACCAAAAGAUUUUUUUUUAAAAAAAAAAGAAAAAGAAAAACAAUUCCUUAAAGGGAGCUGCUUGCACGUGGCCUCCCCAGGUGCCUUUGGAGAGAACUGUUCUUGAUUGAGUCUGUGAGCCAGUGUUUGCCUAGGGGAAUGGGUUAGGGACUGGCCUAGCCAAGGUAAAGGGGAAUUCUUGGCUGCUCCCCCAGGAGGUGGUGAAAGGGAGCAAGGUUGGCAACUGUGAAUGAGAGGGGUCAGGGUCUGCUCUGGGUCACCGUCCCAGCUGGGAUGCCUGUAUGCCUGGUCCCUCUCUUACUCAGGGGCAUUCAAACCUGAUCUUAAGUAGUACUUCAUUGCCUACUCUUCUCUCGUUUUUCUGCUGAGACCCUGGGCAGACUGAAAGGCCUCUCUUGUCCCUUCUGUUCUAAGCAGAGUUUCUUGAAACCGUGUCUCAUUUCUGAUUCUACCCUCGGGGUCCUGAAGAGGUUGUUUCCCAGCCAGGAAUCUUAUCUAAACAUUUUUGGAGGGUGUAAGGCAGGUGUGCAAAGACUUUGGGGCUAAGAUGGAGAGGAACUGCACAAAACCUUUUGCUUUGCUCUGUGCUGCUUUGUAUGGAGGGAUGGUGAAUAAUUUAGGGAUGAUUUGCAAUGGAAUUUUGGGACCCAAAGAGUAUCCAAUAUUGGUGGGUUUCUGGACCCAAACCCUCCUCUUGGGAACCGCAUGACAGUCUGAAUGCUGCUACCGUUAUUCCUUUGAGAGGUGGCUCAAAGCUCCAGGGAACUACAGGUCCUUUCUUACUGCCUUCUCUUCAAGAGCAACCUCCCCCAUUUCUUCUUUCCCCUCUUUCCUGCGGUUGGGUCCUGGAGGGCCCUGUUUCCUAGGACAAGAGUUCUCAGUCACUGUGCAAUAGUCCCAGGAAGCUCUGAGACUGGGCCUCCCAGCCCCCCUGAUGCCCUUGUGGGUUUUAGGGAGCCACCUUUCCCAUUCUUAUGGGGUUCUGACUGGCCGGUGGGCCUUGCGGAAAUCUUCCUAGGCCGCAGGGAGGGCACCUGUGCACUGCAGGACUACCUUGUAUUCUUGUAGGGCUGCCAUGAAGAGCCAAACCUGGGGCACAGCUUUAUCUCCUUGGUGCUCAGAGCACCUGUGGGGGAGGUUUCUCUCUCUCUCUCUCUCUCUCUCUCUCUCUCUCUCUCUCUCUCUCAGUAAAAUCCAAAUUUAUUUGUAGAUGUGUGCAAUAUUUACUGUUCUGGGUUGGAGAAAAUUGGGAAACACUGGGAAGAAGUGGUUUUCCUUCAGUUUCAGUGACACUGGUGGAGGCUUCUCAGAAGGCCUCGAGUCUCUCAAACUGAAGGACAGAGCUAGAGCCAGCCAGUUACACUUCGUGAGGAUCCCCUUCCCCAUGUUUCUCCACCGCCAUGGCAUCCCAUGUCCUGGAUUUCUCAACUCCUCAGUCUCUACUCAAAGGUGCUAUUUACCAAACACUCUGUCUGUCCUGUUCUGGCACUCCCCAGCUGCGCACAGCCUUCCCACGUGGCUUCUCUCUUGCUUUAAAGUUAACUCUGGGCCCACAGACCCAAGAGCUGUGGAUUGACAAAGCUGUGAAUUGCUCCAAAUGGUUCUUGUGUCUUGUACACACACAGGUCCCUGCCUUGUUAGAAGCAGCCUCCUGGUCUCAUGCUUAAAUCUGUUCCUGACUGUCCACGUUCACUUUAGAAAUGACAAAACCCCAGAGCUGGACUGUUGAGCAGGCCUGUCUCUCUUACUAAGUAAAAAUAAGUACUAGUGGUAAGUUUGUAAGCUAUUCUGAGAGAAAAGACAAAGGUUACUAAUUGUAUACUAGCGCUUUUAUAUGGAAGACUGUACAGCUUUAUGGACAAAUGUAAACUUUUUGUUUUUAAUAAAAAUGUAGCAGAUCAUG